UUCAGACGAAAAAUGGUAAUUAGUCAGCCCCCGCCCAUGCACCAAAUGGGCGGGCACCAGAUGGGUGGGUUCCACCAACAUCAGCCGGCAGUUAUGCAGAAAGGUCCGCCUGGAGUGCCGAUGAUGGGUCCGGACGGUCAGAUAAUCGAUUUCGACGGGAAACGAUUACGGAAAACGAUGAUGCGGAAAACCAUCGAUUACAGCAGUUCUUUUCUCAACAUGAUUCAGAAUAGGGUUUGGCAGAGAGACUUCAGAGAUAGACGAGCUAUACAGCCAGAUAUCUGCUAUUAUCCCUCAAUUGUCCCACCACAGCAAAUCCUGGACAAUCCUGUUAAUGCAGUCACUACAAGGGUGAAACAGAUCUUUCUGGGUCAUCUCCUCCCUUCCAAGAGUCUCAAUGUUUUCCUUGUUCAAUAA